AUGGAAUCAUCCGCGUCCGGUUCAGGAGAAUCGCAAACUCAAAAAAUAAGUGUUAUUUGGAUGCAUUUCAUCUAUAUAUCUGAAGCUAAUGCAAAGUCUAAUCUUUGUAAAAAUAUUUAUUCGCAUAAAAAUGGAAACAUUAGCAAUUUAAGGAAGCAUUUGAAAACUAAACAUCCGACUCUUUCAUUGGAAGGAGAAAGGGCAAAACGGCGGGUGGAAGACGAAAAUAUGCCUAGGUGCAAAAAGAACUUAGUUUCAGGACUGCAAGCGAAAGACAAAUGGAAAAACCUCCGUUCUGUAUUCGUACGAAACUUAAAACCUGCUGCUAGUGGAUCAUCAACAAAAGAGAAAUACUAUUUGACAGUUUCAAUGCAGUUUGCUCUUCCUUAUAUAAAAUCUGCUGCAAUUCCAUCUGGCAGUUUGCCUAAUCCGAUUAAUCAAGACAAUGAAUCACAAGCAUCUACACCGACCGCAUCACCACCGCCCUCGGCAUCACCACCGCCCUCCGUAUCACCAUCGCCCUCGGCUUCACCACCGCCCCCGACAUCACCUAUUACAUCCUCCAGUCAACAAACUGAACGUACUCCAACCCCGUUAUCUGUCUCAACUUGGCGUAGUUCCUCUCAGCGUCAUAAGAAUAAAACGAAUGAGAAUGAUGAACUCUUCAAUGAAUAUUUGAAAACGAAAAUGAGCAAGCCAAAUGUCAAUGACGAGUCGACAAAGAAUAACGCCAACAAGAUGUUUUUGUUAAGUUUGCUGCCAGACUUAAAUUCUAUGACAUCCACACAAAUAAGAUCAUUCAAACGUCAAGUUAUAGAUGUGAUAGAUAACAUACUGAAUGUACCUACCACUUCAUCUAAGCAAACGCCGGCGCCGGCCUUAGUUCAUAUACCAAAUACUUCAAGUAUAUUAUCUUCGCAGACAUCUCUGUUUGUAGGACCCGAAAUACAACACCCAAGUAAAUCGUCCUCGCAGGUAACAACUGACAUAGAAUUACCAAUAGAAACCAAUAAUGAUAUAAUCGAAUAUACAACCGACGAUGGAGUAAAUGCAGCUACAUAUACAUAUUCAACUACUCCAAAAUACUGUAGGUGA